AUGAUGCGCACUCGCCUGUGGUCCUCACGCCUUGACCUGCUCUCCCCGAGACUCAUGUCGACUGCCUCGCCCAGGGUCUUGCAGGCUUCAGACAAGCCUCCUGACCUCCUGGCCGCCUCUUUGGCCUUUGAGGAUCCCAGCGCAUUCCGCGUGAAGAGCCUGAGAGACUUGUUUCGUGCCUUGGCCGUAUUCCGGUUCUGCUCCUUCCCCGUGCUCGUCAACAACUGUAACACGCUGAUGUCAGCGGCCCGCAGCAUUCUGGGCAGGCGCCUGUUCUCCUCGCUGAUGAGGUCCACGGUGUACGCUCAGUUUGUGGCCGGCGAGAACGAGAAGGAGAUCGCCCAGUCCAUGGAGAAGAUGAGCGUUCUGGGACUGAGGCCCAUGCUGGCGGUCCCCAUCGAGGAGGACCUGGGAGAGAGCACAGGAGAGGAGCGAUAUAACGAGAACGCGGAUGCCAUGUUGGAAUGCGUGCAGAUGUCGCACAGCAAUGCUUGGAGCAAAGAUCCCAUGAUGCAACUGAAGGUCACGGCUCUGCUCAGUCCCGAACUCUGCGUCAAAGUCGGCAAGGUCAUUUCCAAACAAGCGUACGACUUGGACCUCCUCGUCAGAGCGAUGGAUGGCGAGGACGUGAAGUUCCCCGGUUUGGAGGAGAGCGACGCGGCGCAUUUCCACUGCAGCCUGCGCAGACUCAACAGAAUAGCCGAGGCUGGCGUGAACAAAGUGCAGGUCCUGGUCGAUGCGGAGUAUACCUACAUCAACCCCGCCCUGUCCCUUGUUACCAUGGCAAUGAUGAAGAAGUUUAACAAAGACGGCGCCUGGAUCUGGAACACGUACCAGUGUUACCUGAAGGAGACAAGGACGCUACUGCACGAGGCGAUCAGUCUGUCCCAGGAAGAAGGCUUCUGUCUGGGGGUCAAGCUGGUGCGAGGGGCCUACAUGGACAAAGAGAGGAAGCUGGCGGUGAACGAAGGUCGCCCAGACCCCGUCCAGGACUCCUGGGAGGACACAAACAACAAUUAUAACAGCUUGCUGGAGAUGAUGCUGAGGCUCAUCGCCCAGGACCCGGAGCGCUACAGGAUCAUAGUCGCCACGCACAAUGAAGAGUCGGUGAGGAAGGCCGCCACAUGGGUUGAAGAACUGGGUAUAGACAAAGCAAGAGGCUCGGUGUGCUUUGGUCAGCUUCUGGGAAUGUGCGAUCACGUCUCCCUCACUCUAGCCAAAGAAGGUUACGCUGUGUACAAGUCGGUCCCGUACGGCUCCGUGGACGACACUCUGCCCUACCUGGUGCGCAGGGCCCAGGAGAACCAAAGCGUGUUGAAGGGCAUCCGCAAGGAGAGAGACCUGCUCAGGCAGGAACUCUACAGGAGACUCAGGUUGAGAACGCGCCAAGAGUAG